CAUACACCUCUGCAUUUGUUAAGGAGGAAAAUAGUCUUUUCUGUUCUGAAAAGAUUAAAUUUUUAUUUGAUGAAGUUGCUUCCUUGCAGAAGAUGAAGGAAGGGUCAGUGGAUCCUUUCCAGGAUGAUCCUGGGCCUGAUGGAUCAAGCUCACCUGAACCAUUUCCUGUGCAGGACUAUAUCUCCAACCUCUCUGAAGAGGACUGGAUCGCUUUCAGCAGCCUGAUGAAUCGCCCUAUGACAAGGAGCCAGUUUGUGGACAUUUGUCAGACUGUGCUGAAGGUGGUCAGCUCUAGCUCCAUGGGUAUGAUUCUACCAGCAUUUGCACAUAUGGAGAGAGAUCUGGAAUGCUACUCAUAUACCCCCUCAAGGUCUAAGAGUGCAGGUUCAGAUAAGACCACUGGAGCUCCUGUAGGUCUGGGCGGCAUGAUGCGGAUGCAAGGUGCCCUGGCAGCCUUCCACAAGUGCACUGCAGCAUGGCGGUGUCCUGUCUCAGCUCUUGCUAAUGCUGUUCGUCCUCCCUCCAUGACUAAGCUCCGCAUUUACUGCGCCAAGCGCAGGCCUUCUCCUGACCUGCCUGAUGUUGUCACCGUGACGCGUCCUUCCACUGUGACUGAGCUUCGGGUUUACAGUGCCAAUUGCAUGGCUUCUCCUGAUCUGCCUGAAGUUGUUAGCGUGCCAAGACCUGAGGGUGAAUCCCUCGACCCGAUCAGCAUCGACAGGAUUCUGGAGAGAGUGUUGUCUGAUGAAAGCAUCGACCACGUCGCCAAACACCUGGUCGACCUGGUUCUUCAAGAGGAUAGGCCGUCUGUGACUAGAGGCAAAUGCUGUCCCAGCUCACCGCUCCCUGAGAUGUACUCUUAUGCAGAGGCAGCGAUCAAAGACUUGCUCCAACCUUAUUUCCUGCCUCUUGUGGCUCAUGGUGCUACUGUGGACAGUGCAGAAUUGAGACCUGCUGCUUCUGCAGCCCCCGAUGCAGUAGAUGGUGUUCAAGCCACCGCAAAGGUUGAGGAAGAUGCAGUAUCUUCUCAGAGUAGGGCCCCAAGUGCCAACUCCAGCUGUGAGCUCAACAUGACCCAUCAGCCGGACUCCUCCGGAUUACAGGUGCAUGCCAGCAUGGUGAGCUUCUUCACCGAUCUGAUGGUCAACCAGGUGAUGGACAAGGUGCACUUGGACGCACAUGCGCAACAGGACGACGCUACAGACGAACCAGACCCAGCAAGUGCAGGAGGACCCGAUGGCUGCUUGACCAGUCUCCUCAUGUUGCGUCUGUUGGCAAACAUGAGGGAUGGAGGGAGAUCCUCCGUUGAUAAGGGAAUGCUUCAAAAGCUCAUCGACAAAAUCUUGUCAGAGUUCCGAAGCGGUGUCUCUGGAGUGCCAAACGUCCGUGGGUAUUUGAACAACACCAGGAUUCAGAACAUCAACAGGACCAUGGAGGAGUUUCUACUGAAGGAGUUUGGCUCCAAAAACAUCCUGUGGAGAGCAGCGAACUUGAAGGACGACUCGUUUAACACCACCUUUCUGGCCAAGUUGAGCGAAGUCUUGAGGGUAGAAGUCUCUGGUGCCCCACCUGUCCUGAGUGGUUCAACUAUCCUCGAGUCAGAGCCCAAAGCAGCAGGUGGAAAAAAAGGGAAGAAAUCCACAUUUGGAGUCAAGAUACCAAACAGACGAAAGCGAAGCUCAAAGGUGUCUCCGAUCAGUGUUGCAGCUGACAAGGGUCAGCAAGCAGUUACACCUGCUCCAUCUGGGAACAUCUCUGCUGCACCUGCAGAUAAAGUGAAGCCUGGCAAACCCUCCUGGAUCAAGAAGCUUUUCAGCUGCUGCCUGCCAAGUGAAACUGAAAUUUGAGCAAACCCCACACACCAGAAAUGUUUCCUCAAUCCUCAUCCAUUCCAUAUCCAUAACCAAUGUCAACACACACACAAGCAUAUUUUGAGAUGUUACAGACAAAAAAUCCUAUUCACCCUACAAAACACACAAAAACAUUAAUAGGCCUACUAAAAAUAAAUGUAAAAAUAUA